GAAUUUCCACUGCCACCAUCGCAUGAAGAAAGAGACCUUGCAAGAAAACUACAUUGAAUACGAAUACCAGCUUUUAAAAAGGGGAGAUUACAAUACAGGGAGAAAGAAUGGGAGGAAAACGGAAAAGACAACAAAAACUUCGGAACGUUCCACAGAUUCCUCGCAUUCGAGUCCCUCCCUCUGCUUCCGACACUUCAUUACUGAAGGACCUAACCCAAGGGCAGCAGCGCUACUUUUACAGUAUCAUGAGGAUUUAUGACUCUAGACCCCAGUGGGAGGCCCUGCAGACCCGCUAUAUUCACAGCCUUCAGCACCAGCAACUUCUCGGCUAUAUUACUGCACAGGAGGCUUUGGCUUGUGCCGCUGUACUUAGAGAGUCAACCAAGAGAGCCUCAGCCAAGGUACCUCCUCAAAGAGCCGUCUCCCGGAAGGCUUCGGCCAUGACAAGAACCUGGCCAUCAGCACUCCCUGUGUCUGUGGUUCGACCCAGGGUACAGAGUACAGGGCUCUGAUCCCUUAGGAACCGAGGCUUUGCACACACUCUGAAACAUGUAGUUUGCCCAUGUACCCCUGGCACCUAGUGGGUGCUUAGUGCAUAUUUGUUGAAUGAGAAUGAAUAAAAGAAUAACUUCUAAUA